AUGCCGUUGCCAAAGGUUGCGCUAGGCUUCGCCAAAUGGCUGGGACCGACCCUUGCUGCAGGAGCGUUCAACGAUGAGGAUCUUGCCGGCUGGUCACAGGGGAUCGAGGAUGCUGAGCCUCCAGACGAUUUGCAGAACGCUUUGACAUCCCUAGGGAUCCCUUUCCAGGAAGACGACUUCCAGGAGAUGAGUUGGGAAAAUAAUGCUCGCACAACCAAGAACGGCAAUUCAUAUCCACCAUCCGGUGCUGAAUACACCAACUACAUGAAUGCAGGAAGUGGCAUCAUCAUCAGCAGUAACAACUACGGUCCUGGUUCAUACGAUGUUCCUCGGAACAUGUGGCCACCAUUGUGGAGAUUCUCCGACGUGACAUGGUUGCAGUGGACCCGCGCCGCUAAUGCUAACGUUGGGAACAUCAAGUACUGGAUGCGAGUCACGAUCGCCAAUGACGAUACUCUCGGCAUCAUCGCUCAGCUUUUUGGUGGCGAUAGACUCAAUGUACCACAAUGGCCCGGAGAGACAUUUCUCAUGUCUGGAGAUCAAGGGAAAGCACUACUGGGUACGCCGAAUGCUGCUGGGGUAUGCUGGUUUCUAGCACAGCACCCCGAGGCUAGGAAGUAG